GGGCAGGUGAGGUGAAGGCAGACCAUUCUGUUUUCACUUUUGCAGUAGAAAAUGUAGAUAAAGACUGGAGGGCACAGUUUGGAUUAGGAGACUAUGAAGAAUUAUGAUGAUGCCACAGCAUUCCUGGGUCCGUGGGGACGUUUCCAGCAGAUUGUCUUCUUCCUGCUCUGUGCCAGCAUCUUUCCCAAUGGACUUGGGGCUUUCUCUCUUGUCUUUGUGACCGACAUUCCCAGUCACCACUGCUUGGUUCCUGAAAUCAACCUGACCCAAGAUUGGCGCACUGCCAUCAUCCCGAUAGAGGUGGUGAAUGGGAAACAGGAGCUGAGCAGGUGCAGCAGAUACAGGCUGGAUGUGGUCAGAAAUCUCUCUGCUCAGGGAUUCAUUCCUGGCAGAGACGUCAACCUCACUGACCUGGAGCAGGAGGGCUGUGUGGAUGGGUGGAGCUACAGCAGAGACAUCUACCAAUCCACCAUAGUCUCUGAGUUUGACCUGGUGUGCAGUGAGCAAUGGAAGCAGCCAUUCACCUCCACAAUUUACUUCUUGGGAGUUCUUUUUGGAUCUUUCUCCUCAGGACAGCUCUCAGACAGAUAUGGGAGAAAGCCUGCUCUCUUUGUAACAAUGGCGGUUCAGACAAUUUUUACCUUUGCUGAAAUAUUUUCACCUUCUUGGACGGUGUUGUCCAUCCUCCUCUUCAUCAGUGGAUUGGGACAGAUCUCCAACUAUGUAUCUGCUUUUGUGCUGGGCACUGAAAUCUUGACUGGCAAUGUUCGGGUCCUGUUCUCAUCUAUGGGUGUUUGUCUGGGCUUUGCCUUUGGCUACAUGAUGCUGCCUCUCUUCGCUUACUAUUUAAGAGACUGGAAAUCUCUCCUGUUGGCUUUGUCUGUGCCUGGCCUGCUCUACCUCCCCCUCUGGUGGUUCAUCCCGGAGUCUCCUCGAUGGCUACUCUCUCAGGGACGAGUGGAGGAGGCCGAGGCCAUAGUGAGAAAGGCUGCUAAGUGGAACAAAGUUCAGGCUCCGGGGGUCAUCUUUCAAGAUUACAGUAUACCUGCUGAUGAGACAAAGACACACCCUAAGGAACACCACAAUGUCUUCAGCUUGCUGAGGACAAGAAACAUGAGAAACACAACUGUCAGUCUGUGCCUGGUGUGGUUCACUCUGAGUACUGGCUACUUUGGCCUGUCCCUGAACACAUCCCGACUUCAUGCUGACCCCUAUAUCAGCUGCUUCAUCUCAGCAGCUGUAGAGAUACCAGCAUAUAUUUCCAGCUGGCUGGCGCUGCUAUACCUUUCACGACGACUGUCUGUCAUCUGUAUCUUGCUCCUGGGAGGAGUGUCACUGUACUUCAUUCAACUGGUGCCUCAAAGUUUAUCAAAUCUGUCUGUUGCUCUGGAGAUGCUGGGUAAAUUUGGUAUUACCGCAGGUACAUCCCUGAUGUUUGCCUACACAGCAGAGCUUUACCCAACAGUGCUCAGGAACACAGCCACGGGGAUAUGCACUACUGUUUCCAGAGUGGGCAGCUGCAUUGCACCUUUUUUGUUACAGCUGAGUAUAUACUUUAAGUACCUGCCUUAUAUUACAAUGGGGAGUCUAGCAGUUGUCUCUGUCUUUGCCACUCUCUUCCUUCCAGAGAGUUUUGGACGACCUCUACCCGAAACUAUUCAACAGAUGCAUAAGAGAGAAAGGUGUACAAACCAAGAGGGUCCUUUCAAAUCUCAGCCCUGGUUCUUUCUCUGUGGAGGUUCCAAGUGCUCCCAAGUUAUUGGAUUUUUUUCUAGCAAUCUGGUUUCAUCUAAACACGUACAGUAGAUCAAUUGUGGAUUUAAGUGUAAGUUUUAAAGGUUUUUUAAGUGUGAAUGUAUGACAUACUGUAGUCUUGGGACCGCUGCUGAAAAAGGAAUAAAAUGAGAUUUAUGUCAUAAAAGUUUGAGAUAAAUGCAUAAGGAACUACAGUCACCAUAGCUGAACAAACUACCCAGUUAUUGUACUUAAACCACCUGUUGCUACUGAAAAAGUGUACCUGAGGUUUUUCCCCAGGCAGACCUACCUGAUACUGGGUGUUCACACAAGAAAAUAGCAACAAAAAAUGUCACAGAUUAUUCUUUUAAUAUAACCACCAAAACCAAUAAUCAUCAUCGUGACUCUGAGAGGAUGUGACAAUAAGUCUUUGAAGUAAACACACCUGUUCAUGAUGAUGAUGAAAAUGAAGUUGGUAGCAGUGAAAAAGUAUUCAAACAUUGCAGCAUUUUUAGUUUUACUUUAUGCUGAAUACUAAACCAAAUUAUGUUUUUGUCUUUUGUCCCAACAGCAUAAAGUGCCUAUUCAUCACUAGAAAAGAACAUUCAAAACCUGUGGUGCUUUUCGAAAGUCGACUCUGAUUGUCUAAAACAUCACUAACAUGAAUGACUUAUUAAUAAAUAUUAUCAUUCCUA